GCCGGCGCUCCCGGCGCGGUUCCGGCGGAGCUCCCGCAGGUCUCCUCUGAAUGUCUGGUGGGGUAAAAGCUGCGUGAGGAUCUCCAGAGCUGCAGGGUUUGCUGUCCCCACUCACGUGGGCUCCCUGGUCUGUGUCACCUGUUUUCCUGUUCAGCAUUUCCUUGGAUGAUGGUGCUCUGUUUUCUGAGCAGAGCCCUGCCACGAGCCAGGCAUUCACCCUGCCCACUGGGGAGACAGCUCUGCUCAGCCAGCACGAAUAAACCAGUGUUGACUUUAUUCACCAAGAAACCAUGCCCUCUGUGUGAUGAAGCAAAAGAAGUUCUUGAGCCAUACAAGAGAAGGUUUAUUCUGCAGGAGGUGGAUAUUACCCUUCCAGAAAACUCAGCGUGGUAUGAUAAAUACAAACACGACAUACCUGUUUUUCACUUAAAUGGGAAGUUCCUAAUGAAGCAUCGAGUCGACAUUCAGAAAUUUGAAGACCAACUUAGGAAGCUGGAGAUGCAAAGUGAGGGAAACCAGUGAAGAAAAUGCAGCAGAUCACAAAGGUGAAAAGAACUUUGUGGAAAAAAAAACAUAUUCCUUAUCUGGCUUUAAAUUUCUUAGGACAUAUGAGUCUGAAAAAUUGAGUGCCUUGUGUUCUGUUUUGUAUUAAUCACCCAGCCCAGCUGCACCACUUUUUCUGUGCUGUUCCUUUGCUGCUCUCGUGGGCUGGUGUUUUCCCUGACAGAAUAAAAGCUGCUGCUCCACAACA